CACGACUCAUCUGACCUCGUCGCCACGACGACGGCCGCCUUUUUGACCGGCCAGACGUCGGUGACGAGCUCCGUCUGUCGGCCACUGCCGGCGUCAUCGCACACCGACAGUGUCGCCAUUUCGUGCCCCGGCGCUUCGUUGCGGAUCUCCACAACCGGCGGGGCCGGCAUCGUCUUGACGACCUCCUCGGGCCUGGCCGCCUGCUUCGGCCCGGCCCGAGCGCCCAUUUCGGCCCGCUCUUCCUCGCCCACGUCCACCCCUUCGCUUUGCCUCUCGCCCUCGCCCUCGCCCUCCUCCGCCUCCUUCUCCUCCUCAAACGCCACCCUCACUCCAAACUGCACCGCCGCGUCGUCACGUCCGCCGCUCGCUCCGUUUCAGGCUCGGCCGCUCAGGCCGGUUGGAUCUUACGACAGCCUCUUGUCCAGGGACUUUGGCUGCCCCGACUGCCCCACCCUCACGGUUGCCAAGCGCGCCCCUAGUCCCGUGCACAUAUCCCACAUCACGGCUGUCUCCCUGCAACGGCUUCAGCCAGUCGGACAGUCGGGACAAGCACAGCAACCGCAGCAACAGCCGUCUCCGCCGCCGCAAACGCGACUGUCGUGCCAAGCGCAGGCGCAGAUCGCGGCUCCGCCUGCGGAGGCGCAGCAGCCGACGCUGACGGCCCUUCUGCGCAGGCCGGGGCCGUCUUUUGAAAGCGCUCGCCUUCGACCGGCCGCCCGCAGGUCGGCCUGUCUGUCCGCGGCCCUCGCGCCGAGUCUCACCGCCGCCGACCUUCCGCCUCAGGCCGUCAAGUCCGCUCUCGGCAUGACAGGCAGCAGGCGCGCGGGCGAACACAGUUCGCCCGGCCGUCAGCGGCCCGGCGCACGUGCCAGUAUCGAUCCGGUCAACGCGGCUCGUGGCUGUGCUGGCGGCACGCCGCGUCAGCAGCAGCCGCCGCCAGGCUCCAGCAACUGCUUCCGCGUCCAGAUCCCCAGCACUCGCAUGUCCUCGCGCUCCAAGGCCUACUUCAUCGCCGACAGCCUCAAGCUGUACGAGGAGGGCAUCCUGAGCCACCACGGCGUCGGCCAGCGGCCUCUCUCUCUCUGCCUCAACCUCGCCUCCCCCAUCGACGACGUGAUCGUCGUUCCACCCUCCCAGCCGGACCGCUCCUCCUCCUCCUCCUCUUCCUCCUCCUCCUCCUCCUCGGCCGCCAACUCAUCCACCUUCUCCUCAAUCGGCUCCUCCUCAUCUUCCUCCUCCUCUUCUUCCUCCAACCCGUCCACUCGGGCCACCGCCCCUUGGCCUGGCCUCCACCUCGCCGCCACCUCGGACAGGCCAUGCAUGCAGCACUUGUGGAACAUCCUGAGCCUUGCUCCGCCGACAUCAUUCGAUUAG